CUUUGAGAUGAAUCUGUACGAAAUCGUCACAGCAUGAUUUAGAGCGUUAUAAACGAGAUGCCACCUGUCAAGUCUCGCAGGAAGGCCAACAAACCUUUCAGAUCCGCUCUUCCAAAACCUGACAAGAACGGGAUGAGGUUACCUCUCCCUGAUGAUCAACACUAUAGUGAAAGACACGACAAGAUCAUGGAACGCCGUCCCACCAAACAGAAAGCCGCUGCUACCGACACCUCUUCAUCAGUCCAACCUCUCCUCACUCGUCUCUCGUCGAUUCCGUCCGGAGACCCCUUCCUCUUCGCCUUCACCUCGGACGAACUCAAUGCCGAUACGGUUCAGGCUCUCCAUCACCGCAUCGACUAUUCAAAGACCGUCCGCGAAUUGACGCAAGCGGAAAAGAGCAGGAGCAUUCACUCCUCGGCCUCCAAGAGGAAGGCAGCUACAGAUAUCAAGGUUCACGGAACGAGCCAGAGGGAUAGGUGUUCCAAGUGUAAGCAGUCCGGAGAAAGGUGUAUCAAGGUGGUCCAAAAGUCCAAGUCGAUUGGGACGGCCAAGUGCGCACAUUGCGUAGCCGUGGGCAAGCCAUGCCUUUCGGGUUCACAGAUCCCCUUCGGUAACGACGACGAAUCCUUGUACGAGCCAGAAACCUUUGAGCAGAUGCUUAAGCUCGCUCUGGUUCCUGUCACGGGUGACGGGGAUGGAGUUGGUCACGGGGAUAGAGAUGACGAUGAGUACGGCAAGGUCUUGCGGGUAUGGGUCAAGGGCAAUGAUCGAACCGUCAGCCCGAACUCGCAAAAGAAAAAGGUCCUGCCGAAGUCAGACGAUGGAGAUGAUGAAGGAGAAGGAGUCGCUACCAACGGAAGGAUACCUGACGAAAGGAUUCACAUCGACGCCGAUCUCGAUGCAGGGGGAGAGAAUGCCCGUCUGGAUGUUACGGAGCAGGCUGGCGGGAUCGAGAAGGAACAGGCUGGCGGGGUCGAGAAGGAACAGGAGAACGGUAGACCGGGUGGGAAGGAGGCAACAGAUCUCGCUAGGUAUGGCAACCUGCCGCCGAGCAAAGCCGUAAUGGUCCAGGACAAACUGGAUCAGCCGGAUGCCAUUCAUACGGAUAGUCACAUCGCUAAGGGCAAUGUCACCGCGGAGAUGCCUACCCGGUCGCAAGAAUCGACGGUAAACCACACCGAUACGAGUACAGUGUCAGCUCGCUGGGAUGGAUAUGACAACGACGGGUUCUUCGAAGGCUUCGACGAUGCCUACCCCGCCUACGAACCGCCGGCUCACCAGGCGAUCCCGCCGAAAGCUGGUCCAGCACCGCCUUCCCUUGAAACCGGACCGAGUCGACCUACCGAACCGCUCUCGACGUUUCAGGAGAAGGACAGGGAAGCCGAAAAGGCAUCGGCGGACCCGUCGUCUACGGUUCAGAAAAGGAAAGCUGAAGACGGACUGGGCGAGGCAGACGGGAACGAGGACGAAAAUGAGAUAGACCCGGGUUCUCGCCCGUUGAAGAGGAAAAAGGUCGUCAGCGAUGUAGGCGCCAAAGCCGCCGAUGGUUCAGCACUUGGUUCGGAACAGGUCAACAGCACAUGUCGAGAGCAAACCGAGAAAGCCAUCGUCGGUCGGCAAGAGGAAGUUGUUGCGUCUGGACCUAGCUCGGAGCGACAGAACGCUGCUAGCAGCCAGGCUGAAGAAGCCGAUAACCCCGAACCUGCCCAUAAACAGGUCCUCAGACCUCGUCAAGAGGCGUUCGAAGAGAUCGACAGUCCUCAUCCAGAGGAAAUUGAUACCUCGAAACCUCGCCUGAAGGAAGUCGUCGGCAUGCGCCACCUCGGCCUUUCCUACGAAGCUAAACCGAGCGGCAAUGUCGGGCUUGAGGAAGAGAUGCGCUUAUACGAAGAGCAAUUCCAGAAGUCGUGGCGGUCCCGGAUAUCCAAACCUUUGUCAACUCACCUCGAUCUCAAUGGUAUGAUCAACGAACAAAGCGAUCGGAAAAGUGACGGAAAGGAGGAACAACCCGAGGACAGUAGACUGAUGUUUGCGGAGGGAAGGGAUGGGCCUGAUGAUGGACGAGUGGGGCGAGUUGAUGGGUCGAAAGCCGAACAGAUGCAGGUUGAUGAGGAUGACGACUCAGAGAGUGCUGAAGAGGACAGGGAUGACCCGAUGGAGAGCGAUGAAGAGGAAAGUGAGAGUGAUGAUGCCGUGGUCCCACGUGCACCUAGCGAAGAAGUCUGAUGGCCUUGUUCAAACGAAGAACGAUACUGGAGAGCCUGUUGUAAGAGAUCCUCAAGGACAUGUCUCGCUGAUCCAUAUACCCAAUGCAGACCUGG